UGAGCGGAAGCAACUUCCACCAGGCACCAGCUUUCCCGUGCGUGAGAAUUCGCCAUCGCUUCCUUUAUUACUGCAGCCCUGCGAGCCUUUUCUUUUGUUUCCUUCCUGGGCCUAGAACGAUCAUUUUCGUUCUCAAAGUUUGGAAGAUCGGGUCAAUUCUCCACCCGGUGGACUUAGUCCCGAUAUUUAUAUACUCGAUUACCUUACACCGCUCAGUCUCGGGCCUGUUCGCUUAUCACUUAAAGGCGAUCGCUUUAUCGUGUCAUUCUGCUCCUCAGCCAUAAUGGCCCCAUUCGGCGAAACCGUUGCCGUGAUUGACAAGUCCGGCAAGGUAGUAAGCACGAGUAAACAAUUGUUUGGUGUUUUCAGCCAUGCCAAGAAUGCCUAUCGCGACCGCAAGGCCCAGUUCCAAUCUGAACGUAAUGCCGUCAUCGCCGAAAAAGAGGCCCUGAAGGCAUUGCAAAACUACACCAUUGACGAUGCCCCCUCAGUCGCCUCAUCCCGGAGGAGUCGUUCGCGACACCAUUCGGGCCGCAGUCAUCACUCCCGACAUUACUAUGACGACGACUACGAAUAUGAAUACGAACGGGAUCGCGGUUCGGUUGCAGACUCUCACUACGCCCGUCCACAGGACCUAAUUCGUCGGCACACCCAUCAUGAUAUUAGCAUGCGGGACCCCGGGGCCCGGCCGACCGCUAGUCGCUCCAAAUCUCAUGCGCACGUUGACAUGGACUUGGCAUACGGCGACUACAAUCCCCAAGCAAUGACAAAGCAACCGUCCCCACAAGCCGGCCAGCUGCAGAAGAUUGAAGACCCGGAACUGAGCGGCCUGGUGAACCGCGCCCAGUGGCUUAUAGAAGAAGCCAACUGUGUGCACCACAGUGCGACAGCAACAAUCGCGCACCUUCAGAAGAACCCGGAUGCCAUGGCCGCCGUUGCACUAACCCUAGCGGAGAUCAGUAACAUAGCUUCGAAGAUGGCCCCGGCCGCACUGUCGACGCUCAAAUCGGCCGCGCCCUCCAUUUUCGCACUGCUUGCUAGCCCGCAGUUCCUCAUCGCCGCCGGUGUCGGUCUCAGUGCGACGAUUGUCAUGUUCGGCGGCUAUAAGAUUAUCAAGCAGAUGACUGGUAACGGCAACGAAGUCACUCGUGGGCCCGGCCCGCGGCCCGAAGAGUCCGCUGCCAUGGAUGACAUGGUGGAGAUCAACACCGAAUGCCUGAGCGGCGUUGAAAUGUGGCGGAGAGGUGUGGCCGACGCUGCCGACGAGAGCGUUGGCACAUCAGUCGACGGUGAAUUCAUCACCCCGACUGCUGCUAUGAUGUCGGGCAUUGACGUAACCACCGCCCGCAUGAUGCGGGAUCCUCGGUUUAAGUUCGAUGACGAGGAAUCGAGAGCAUCCUCCCAUCGGUCGCGUCGCUCACGGGCCCCGCGCUCUCACGCGCCGACUCGAGUAGACGACCGGCCAGAGUCGUAUGUUGCCUCAAGAGCACCGACCAAAUCCAUCUUCGGCACUCCAUCGAAAGCAUCAUCCUAUACUCCGUCGAGGGCCCCCACCAAGGCACCCUCUCGGGCUCCCACCCGAGGCCCAUCUCAUGCACCCUCCAGAGCCCCGUCGAAGGCCGAAUCCCAUCGUUCUCACCGCUCGGAUAGAGACCCCCAACCCAAAGAGAAAAAGAAACGAUCCAGCAAAUUACGACUUAUGUUCACGGCUUAAUUCUCCCACUUCCUCCCUCUAUAUCCUUAAGCGACAGACUAUGCCCGCCAUUGUAUACGUUACUGUACAUAUUUUAUUUGAUAUGAUGGCCCCAGCCCUACGAGAUACGUCAUCACGAAUGACCUGCACAUGACCGACAGAUACCAGUAUGAAACGACGCCACCCUUUUCUUUACGUGUAAUUUUCUUUCUGUUCACUCCGUCCGGGACCAGAUCCGACGGCUAUUUUUAUCUAGUCGUUGCAUAUUUACGGCGUUGGAAAUGAUAUAUUUCUUUUCUGUCUAAUCAUGUUCUAGAUCGGAGGGUUCUAUAUGUUGCUUAUUAUCAUCGAUGCGAAUUCCCCUAUCUGGACAUCAAACCAAAAGUGCUUUCAAAAGUGUACCACAAUCGAACAUAUUUGGAAACAAGAUCUCCACAAUUCAAUUUAAUCGUAGAUAUAUAUAUAACUAACCUAGGAACAACAAUCAGGUAAAACCAUCAACCCGAC